AUGGCUUUUAAGAUCUUUGCUACGCUGUUCUUGGUCAUCGCGAUCACUGGCCAUUAUCAUGCAAGAGCGUCGAUGCUGGAUCGCGAUUUCUACAAUGAAGAUUGCCCGGAGUUCGAGAUGAUCGUGGCAGCGACCGUGCAAAGCUUUCUCAACAGAGAUCACACCGUCCCGCCGGGAUUGCUCCGACUGGUCUUUCACGACGCAUUCGUUGGCGGGCUCGAUAGCUCGGUCAUGCUCAAUUCAUCCAGCGGGCCAGAUCCACCCGAGAGAGAUGCGAGACCCAACUUGUCACUGCAUGGAUUCGAAGUGAUCGAUGCGAUCAAGGAGCAGCUCGAGGAAGUUUGCCCCGAAACAGUGUCGUGCUCUGAUAUUCUGGCACUGGCAGCUCGCGACGCGGUCGCACUGGGAGCGUUGAAGGAUCUGCCUAGCCCGUUUGAGAACACGACCGCGCUGCUCAAGAAAUUCAGGAAUCGGGGAUUCUCUGCGGAGGAAAUGGUGGUUCUCCAAGGAGGAGGGCACAGCAUCGGUGUUGGGCAUUGCCCAUUUUUCCGGGAUCGCUACUCCAAUUUCAGCGGGACUGCGCAGCCCGAUCCCGCGCUCAAUCCCACGCACGCCAUCUUCCUCAAGGCGAGCUGCGAUCCCAAUGGCAACGCCGCGGUGGCCAACGAUCACGGCUCCGCGCAUUUGCUCGACAAUCACUACUUCCUCAACAUCCAAAAGGGCAAGGGCCUCUUCAACUCGGAUCAAGAAUUCUACUCGGACAGCCGCACCAGAAAAUCGAUCGACAAGUACGCCGCUUCCAGCGAGAAAUUCUAUCUCGACUUCAUAAAGGCGAUGGAAAAGAUGUCGGAGCUGGGCGUGCUGACGGGCUCGCACGGCUCCAUCCGGACGCACUGUGCCAUUGCCAAGUAA